AGAUAAUGAUUGGACCACAUUGAUCAGAUCACAAAACCCACAAGGUGUUUAACUGUGGCUAGAGGGAAACAGAGAGAGAGAGAGAGAGAGAGAGAGCGAGAGAAGCACCAGACCAGCCCCUCCAAAAUGUGCGUCAGUGAAAGUGUUGACUCCUGGUGCUCCAUCCCGCUCCAUACUUUCCAGUUAGGCUCCAUGAGCACGAACAACUCUCCAACCGCAGACGUCGAUAACACAGCCGUACUUCACCUGGGAAUUGGAAGACCAUACCAAACAAUCAUGUUGGAGAACGAGGCUUUUUCCUGUUUUGUUUUCUAUAGUGUUCUCCUGGUCAUCAAGAUGUACAUCAUAGCAAUCAUCACUGGACAAGUCAGGCUUCGUAAAAAAGCUUUCGCUAACCCAGAGGAUGCGCAGAGACACGGCGGCGUCCAGUACUACAGAGAGGAUCCGGACGUAGAACGGUGCCGAAGAGCUCACCGUAACGACAUGGAGAAUAUCUUCCCUUUCCUGUUCCUGGGGGCUGUGUACUCCCUGAUUGGCCCGUCGCUUGCCGUGGCCCGCGCUCACUUCCUGGUCUUCUUCCUGUUCCGCAUGCUCCAUACAGUGGCCUACCUGUGUGUCCUGCGGGCACCCACACGCUCCCUGGCCUAUGUCGUCGCCCAAGUGCCCUGCGUCUCCAUGGCCGUGCAGGUCCUCGCGGCGGUGGCCUCCUCGUGGUAGUUGUGGUUUUCUGGAUCUAUCUGUGACCGCUUCAAUCUGAGACCUAUCUCAGUCUGUGAGAUCAGCGGUAGAGGAUACUGCAAGAGAUGCUUUUCAUACAAGGGAAAUCCUCAAGACUAUAUCGCUAUCAAUGCUACCAUAGCAGUUUGUGUCUCUCGGCUGUAAGACAGUGUGUACUCUGAAAGUGUGUACUCUGAAAGUGUGUACUCUGAAAUGAAGUUAGUGUUGUGCUCUAGCAAGCACAUCCUCCUGCAGUACUGUAUGUUUGCUAUGCAAUCUUGAAGUCAAUUGCCUCCCUCUUGAUAGUCCAGGGGACUCUACUCUCUGAAGACAAAGGUUUUAAUUAGUUAACAUUGAACCUUUUAACCAGUUCAUUGUGUUGUCAUGUUGUUUUUGUAUACACAAGUUGUUGCUUGUUUCUGUCUUUUUUAUUCUCUAUUUCUUGUUAUAAACUGGGUGGAUUGAGCUCUGAAUACC